CACAAUACCCACCAACCGAUCGAGCUCCUGGCUCCCUCCAUUUCCAGCCGGCCCGACCGGUGAACACUCCCCACUUCAAUGCUUAUGGUAAACCGUACCAGCACCGACACAGUAUCAUUCUUCCACGAUCCCCUUUCACAAAAACCCAUGUCUCACUUGCCCAACACAUGCCUUUUCACGUGUAUCCCCUUCAGCCCCCAACUGCAAAAUCUUCCCAGAGACCACUGUAUGGCAGCCAAAAUGACUGGCUGUGCAAACAGAUUUUUGGGAGGUACCUCUGAGCAAUGCAAAACGAUAUGAUGAGGAUACUGCUGAUAUAAAGCUCAGUUAGUAUCAAUCAAAGUCUCUCUUACCCCUCCUGUGAAGACGAUCUCAAUACAGCCUUUGGGCGCAGUGGUUGCGAGCGACCGUGUGUUGAGAGUCGACUCUUGGCAUCUGAGGAUUGCCAGAGGGAACGCCCAUAGAAUAACCAGAAUACUCUCCUUUGCUCCCAAUACUUUUCUUGCACAGCCGACCAUCUGGGGUACAGUACAGUACUGUAUCGUACACUGCCAACAAACAAGCAACUGUUCAGGAACCCCGGCACUCCACCAAUUCUCCCUAUUCGUAGAUGAACAAGGCGGACAAACGGUUGAUUGGAUGUAUGAAUUCACGCACACAUCCCAGUUCCCUAUGAGCAUCCAGUUGCGCAGGCACAGCAAGGUGCCCUACAAAAGACGGCGGAUAACACGCCCUCACCGAGAAUGACCACGUAUCGCAGAACAAAAUAGAGGAGCGGAGGAAGAAAGGGGGAGGAGGGAUGACCAAACUCCUUUAUAGCCUCGGAACACACGUGCACCUACGCACUCCCGUCAAUACUAAAAAAAGGUUUCCAGUAGUAGGACCAUCAAUCGUAUCCGGUCGGGGCGCUCACCACUGCUACCUGUUCUGGAAGACUGACCGAACGAACUUAUCCGGGAACAAUGUGGGACCUUAAAUUAAGCUUUUAUGAUACGAGGAGAGUUUAUUGCUCUGACAUGCCGGGAAGGGAAGUCAAGCUUUCUGUGCCUCCCGGAGGGGAUACCGGUAGUACGAGCAAUAAGCCCAACGGUAGGAGAAAGAGGGGGAGACAGUACCCGAGCAUGUGCCCGGGGAAUACUAACACCUUGCCGUCCAUCCACAGAACUGUGCAAGAGGGACCCCUGGGGUCUGUAUGCUCCCCCCACGCCCGCGGUAAAUAA